AUGAGUAAAUCAACAGCAACUGCAAAUAAAGUAUUUGAAGAAUUCAAAACUCAUUUAGAGAUUGUGGUUGACAAUCCCAGGUACUUUGUAGGAUUGGAAAUCAAGCAAAAUCAUGAAAGUAAAAAACUAUUUGUCUGCCAAAAUGGCUACAUUAGUGGCCUCUUAGAGAAAUUCAACAUGAACAUUUGCAAGCCCUAUGCAAAAUCCACUGACUGCAGUUUAGAACUGAAUUUAGGACAGUGCCCGGCGAAUGAAGAUAAGAAAUCUAUGGAAAAUAUUCCAUUUCAUGUGGCUGUAGGUGGAUUGAUGUUUGUUGCCACAGUGACAAGACCUGAUAUAAUGUCUUUCUUCAGUCAAAUAAGUCGGUUUCUUAACAACCCUGAACCUGAGCACUGGACUGCAGAUAAACACAUCCUAAAGUACCUUAAAGGUGCAAGAGGAAAAGGUUUUAAAUCCUGUGGUAAUAAGCUUAAACUUCAUUUUUAUUCAAAUCCUGAUUUUACUGGAGAUAACGAUACUCGCCGUUCAACAACGAGCUAUGUCAAUGUACUGACCAUUGGACCAGUUAUAUGGAUGUCUCGCAGGCAAAAAUGUGUUGCCAUAUCUAUGACAGAAAUAGGGUAUAUUGCAGGAUCUGAUACAGCUGCUGUGUGUUACUAUCUUUGA